AUGCGAAUGGCAGAAGAAUGGCUCAAGACGUGGAUCUGUCUGAGCUGUCUCUUCGCCUGGACGACGCAUGCGGCACGUCCGCGCUUCGACGUCUCGACCGACAUGGGAAUGGUCCUGGUCCCGGCGGACGCCGAGGUCGACACCGCCAUAUUCCGACUGCGCGCCACAGAUCAAGACGCCGACUUCCCCCUCGUCUUCGAGAUAAUAGCAACGACAUCGCCGAUCGUCCGCGUGGAAAAUCUGCCGUGUACCCUGUAUAACAAGGUCUGCCAGGCGAACGUGAUCCUGACCCGUCGUCUCGUACCGGGUCGACUGCACGACUUCGUCGUCAGGGUGAGGGACUCGAAGGGUGACGUUAACUCGAUGCAGGCCACGAUCUCCGUCACUAAUUCGACCACGCCGCGCGACAAGAUCUUCCCUCACCUGCCCUCGUUGAUUAUGGUGCCUGAGGAUACGAAACCUGAGAAGGAGCUGGAUUACCUUCUCGUCGAGUCGAACCCUUGGAGUGGAAAGCCUGUAUACAUAGAACUGUGGCAACCCAAAGAACUGUUCAAAAUUAGGCAAAGACAGAUGGGAAGUCAAACAAAGGGUAUAAUUACGCUUAUAGGAGAGCUAGACUUCGAAACUCAAUCGAUGUACACGCUCACCAUGUAUGCUACGGAUCCGUAUACGGAACCGGGCAAAGACACUCGCAACAUCGCGGGUGUGAACGUCGUGGUGGUUGUGCAGGACGUGCAGGACGUUCCUCCGAUCUUCACACUAGCUCCACCGCUGACCAAGAUCAACAACACCGUAAAGCCCGGCGACGUGAUUCUACGAGUCCACGCCGAGGACGGCGAUAAAGGCGUCCCCCGAGAGGUGACUUAUGGUCUUAUCUCUGAGGGCAAUCCUUUCACGCCGUUUUUUAACGUCUCCGAGACCACCGGUGAAAUAAUAUUGUCCAGGCCGUUGGAGGAACUGACGAAAAUCACGCACGUAGGGGCACCUAUCGUGCUCAAGAUCGUGGCCGAGGAAAUAAGAACGACGAGGGACGAGCCUCCGGCUCAGGCUACCGUCGUGGAACUUGGAUUGCUGCUUGGAGAACCGGGAAAUAGUCCGCCGUAUUUCGAGAACGAUAACUACAUGGCGUGGAUAGACGAAAACGCGGAACCCGGAACGAUAAUCGUGUUUUCCGACGCCUAUUCGACCCGUGUUAAGGACGAGGACAUCGGUAAAGCAGGUGUCUUUGCUCUGAAGCUCGAGAACAACAACGGGACGUUCGAAAUCAGUCCUGCGGUGGCCGAGAGAAAUGCCAACUUCGUCAUCACGGUUCGGGAUAACUCGAUGAUCGAUUAUGAAAAAUUCAAGAGUCUUCGAUUCAAGAUUGUUGCACAAGAAGUUGGUCCAGCCACGAAUCUAUCGACAUCGGUACCGGUGACAAUUUUUUUACGCGAUGUAAACGAUAAUCCGCCAACUUUCGACGUUCCGGUGUACGAAGUCACUCUAUCGGAAAAUGCAAGUGCUGGAACGCGGGUUGUACAGGUACAUGCGACGGAUAUCGAUGCAGGUGCUUUCGGCCGAAUCCAGUACACAAAGAUCAUCGGCGACGGCAGCGCUGCUUUCGAGAUGAACCCAGACUCGGGAAUGAUCGCUGUAUCAAUGGGUUCGAUUCUCGAUCGCGAACAGACAGCCAAACUCGAGCUCACGGUCGAGGCGAGAGAUGAGGAUGGUAGAGGUAUGCGUGGCAUCGCUGCUCUGAUGGUCAACAUCCUGGACGUCAACGACAACGCGCCUGUCUUUGACAAGGCAAUAUACGAGUUCUUGCUGAAUUCUGAGCUUACCAACUUCACUAUGCCAGCAAUCAUCAAGGCCGUUGAUACCGAUGCAGAGCCACCUAACAACGUGGUACGAUACGAAAUAGUUCACGGGAAUUACGAGAACAAAUUUCAAUUGAACGAAGAGACCGGCGAGUUGAUGCUCCGGGAGCCUAUCAAUAAGGCGAGAAAAGCGCGGCACAGUAACAUCGUCGGAAACGUGACGCUAAAUAAUAUGAGGAAACAGUUCAGAGUGUCAGACGCGGAGACACCAAACAAUCAGACUGCUAACACGACUGAGACACUCACUCCGGCGUCGAACUCAACUUUCAGAGAUUUUCAUUUGCUGAAUAAUUUAACCGAGGCCGAUUUAGAUCUGAUGAAUCAAGAUCGUCGUAGACGAGCCGAGGAUAGUCCGCUCUUUAUUCUUACCGCCAGAGCCUACGAUCUAGGCGUACCGCAUCUGUCCAACGUCGCACAAAUUCGCAUAAUGAGACCAUCGUCGGCCUUUGCUAGAAUUGUUAUGUUUGUAAUGCCCGGUGAGAAUCCCGAUCCAAAGAAAACUGCGGAGACUUUGGCGACGAUCACUGGGAGCAAGGUUGUGAUCCAAGAGAUCAAACCGUACUUUUCCCAAAUAGAUCCUGGGACCGACAGCGGAAAAAGAAGUGUAGUCGUCGCUCGAGUAGAACAAAACGGACCGGGAACACUCGUCGAUGUGGAAAAAAUUCGAGCGUCACUAGAGGCCAACGGCUUCGGUAUAAUUAGUGGAAUGGACACUGAGGGUUUAGAUAGUCCAGCUAUCCACGAACAACCACAUGACAGUAAUAGCGGAAAAACAACCUCUAGAAAUGUUUCCGUGAUCGGCUCUAAUAGCGAGGAAGUAACCGUCUACAGAGCCGAAAAUAAAUUACUGACAUGGCUGCUGGUAUUCUUGGGCCUGCUACUUCUGGCUGCAAUAAUUACACUUAUAGUGUGCUGCAUAUGUCCUAGUUGUCCAUUUUAUAUGGAACCGCGCAAAAGGAGAAUACACUCAUCCGAAACCCUCGUCAUCCGAUCAGACGGCAGACCUAAGAGGCAUACACAUCGAAAACCUAUCAAAUUAAUCGAUGGAUACAGCUCGGAACGCAAAGAAGCCUGGAGCGCAGACCCAGCCCGUCAAAACUGGCAGUUCAACCGGCGCAACACCAAAAAUCUAGGUAUAGCUUCUCUUCCCGGCGACGUCCUACCGGGUCACCAGCACCCGGACAUCGAGCGCAUGAACCGCGGUGCCGCGUCUCUGCGAAACGUCCCGGUCGAUCCAGCGGUAUUCGGCGAACACGUUAUCCACCAGACACGGGUUAUUCCGAUGCCAGCCGUCGGGGGUGGCGUCGAGGACGAGCAAAGGAUCUACAUGGAAGACGUGGAGGCACAGCAGCAACAGCAGCGCAGCUACGAACAGGCUGAAUUGGACUCCCUGAGGAGGCACGAGUUAGAGAGGGGUAGCGACGGCGUACUGAGAAACGAAGCGAUGGUAGCAGCUGCUGCCAGACAAGUCCGAGAGCAGCACUUCUACAGGGACGGAAACGCCGAGGUGCUGAGGCUGGUUACCAGAGGCGAAAUCGAGGAUCGCGACCGAGGGCAGAAGGAGCUCUAUCACACCAACGGCAAAGACAUACUGCUCCAGCGCUUUAUAGAGGAUCAAAAGCUUCGGCGCAGUCAGGACCUGCGCGACAGUUUCCACGAGAGCCUGCACGAGGCGGACGUCGAUCGCAGUAUGGAGUCGCAGCAGCGAGCCAUGAACGAAACUACCGAAAUCCUUAUUUUACCGGAGAGACUCGAGCUGCAGCGUCAACCGAGCUGUAACCCGAGACAGUACCAACAGGAACAAAUGUUGACUGCGGACGUUCAGCGACUGAUAGUCGAGCGCAAUUACAAUCCCAAGAACGAGGUUGCCGAGGAGUACACAGGCGGCUUGAGGGCGGCUAUGAGAGAUGCUGAGACGUUGGCUACAGUCGCCGGAGAUCCCGAGAGCAACGCGACGUACGUAGUGCACGACGCCGAGCUGGUUAGACAGAAUGCCCUGCUAACGAGACUGCUGCUCGAGAAGGAGGCGAGGGGCUUGAACGUACCGGUCGUCGACAGCUCGAGCUUUCUCGAGACUCAAAGUCUUCCAGGGCAAGUGGCAAUCGCCACGCAAACGGAUAGAACGGCGGCGACCCAGACGGAAUUCAUCGCCCGGAGCCGUAGCGACAACGAGGAAUCCGAGGAGGAUCCCCGUCUGCGACGAAAAUCGAAACUAAAAGCCGGAGCCAACCGACUUGAAACGAAGGAGGAUUUCAAGAAAAUGAAGACAAUCUGGGUGCGAACGCCGAUACCCGAGGAGAGUCGUGCGCUAAGCGGCAGCAAGAAAGCCACCCCCACCCGGACGAGGAUCGAAGUGUUGGAGAGUCACAAGGUCUCGAUUUCGCCAGACGUAUUGAAGGAAAUUUCCAAUUCGCUCAAAUCCGGCGAUUCGGACGCGGGCAACGAGGACGACGAGGACGAAGAGGCUCCAUUAGCGCAGCCGCCACAGGCUCAAGCGAAACCGGACAAGUCGCGCAAAGUCGCCACGAAAACCGUCUGCACGAGCAAGAAGAAGGUGAAGGAGUCGAGGGUCGACGACACCUCCACGACUCCGUCGCCGGACACGAAGGAGAAGAAGCCGUUGCCGAAGGGGAAGAUUCACAAGAAGAUAGAGAAACCGCCGAGGAAGAAGUUGCAGAAGAGUAUCGAGGCGGAGAAGAGUCACUUUAUGGAGCCGAGUUUCCGAGUUCUGGAGCGGGAGAUCAGUAGCUUCCAGCAGAAGAUCCGUCAGUUCGGAGACAAGAAAUUCAAAAUGUUGAAGAAAGACGACAGCGGUAAAAAGGAUAAGGAAUCGGAGGACGACGAAGCAGCUGGAUAUAAAAAAUGCGAGGUCACCGUCACGAGGACGAAGAAGAGCGUUUCCAGAGAAACGAGUCCUCAUAAGAUCUCUGUAGAGCAGAAAACGAAGACCAGUGAAGAAGAAUCGUACACCAGAGUGGAAAAGGUAACGAGACCCCAACGGCACACCAGCAGUUCGGAUCUCGAAGAUUUCGACAAGUCCAAGAUCCAGUCCGCGGAUCACAAGGAGAAAAUGAUUCGGUACGAGCCCUCGAAGAUGCAAACCAGGAGUCGCUCGCAACUGAGAAGGCAGACGCACCUGGAAAACUCGGAUACGAAAUCAGGCACUGAAAAGACGGAGAAGUCAGAGGACAGCGAGAGCAAAACUGAGAACACGAAGGAGACCUCGUCGUCGGCCGAGGCGAAAACGGAUUCGAGCUCAUCGAGAGAAAUCGGUAAAACCCAGAAGCAAGCUGAGGAUGAAAAAGUGCGGAGGCCGCAGACUCAGGAGAAAAAGUGCGUGCAGAGUCAGAAGAUCACGACAAGGGUCAGGCCGAGCGGAACAGUCGAUAUAAAACGAAAAAUUACCUCGAUGAGAUCGAAAACCGUAGAGGAACCGACAAAGAGACCAUUCAAGCGAGAAGAAAAAGCUGUUAAAUCAAUGACGAGCGACGAGAGUCGUUUGACGUCGCCUACGAAAAGUAAGGAGAGCGUGUAUCAUAAGAAAUCGGGAACAUCCGAGGAAGACAAAUCGAACGGGGAUUGCAAAUCUUCUAUGAGUAAGGAUUCGAUGGCGAUAGAUCUGGAUAAGUUCGUCAAAGAUGUGAGGGGAGUCGUCGAGAAAGAAAUUUCUUCGUUUACUCAGGCUGCCAAAGAUGCGCUCAACAUCAACAAACCGGAGAGCUCAGCUGAUGACAAGAAACAAGAUUCUAAGAAUACGUCAAGACAGACAGAUACACACAAGACUUCGAUGGAAAUAAAAGAAAAAAGCCAAUCCGUUGAUGCCGCUAAACGUAGAAGUGACAUGAAAUCUACGGAAAAAGAACGCAUGUUCAAGUCGAUGGAGAGUAAAGAUAAGAGAGAACGAUUAAAGAGCCAGAGAGAGAAAUCAAAGUCGACAGAAAGUGCCAUGGAAAAGUCCGACGAUGCUAUUUCGUUCAUUGUGGUUUCCGAUCACGGUAAGAAACACGAAGACCCCAUGAAAAAGAAUUCUAAAUGGAGAGAGGAUGUGGUUACUAGUGCCAGUGACGCAAGUAGUUCUGACGCGUCUACGAAAAAUGUAGCCAGCAAAGUAUCGCAAAAAAUUGAUAACACAAUCAAGAGCGUAACGGAAAAAAUUAACAAUGCUAAGGACGCACUGUCGGAUAAAAUGGAAGAGGCGAAACAGAAGAUUGCCAAUGCAAUACACGAAGACACUAAAGCCGUGUCAGAUAACGUAGAAAAAGCUGAGCAAACAGUGUCGAUCAAAAUUGACGAAACCAAAAAUAUUGUCACGAACGAAAUUAGCAAAGUCCAACAAAUAGAAUCUAGUUUUAUCAACAAAACGAAUGAAGCUGUAGUGAAUACGAUCGACGAAACGAAGCAAGCGGUUUCUGAUCACAUGGAUGAAACGCACAAGAUUGUAUCCGAUCAAAUCGACGAAACUAACAAAACUAUUUCUGAAGAAAUCAAUGAUACGAAAAAAGUCGCGUCCGACCAAAUCGAUAAAACAAAACGGAGCGUAACCGACAGAAUUGACGAGACGAAAAAGAACGUAAAGGAUACGAUUGACGAAACUAAAAAGAUGGUAGCAGAGAAAAUCGAUGAAACCAAGAAAAGUAUUUCCGACAAAAUUCAAAGAUCUAUAUCCAAAAGUGACGAAGACGGACAAACGAUCGAUGCAGAGAAGCAAGUAAGUGCCGAAAAGAAAGAGGGCACGUCUAUUUCAAGCGUCGAUAGAAUUUUAGAAACGAGUAAAUAUUUAGCAACGAAUUUAGUUGAUACCACAGUUGAUGCAUCGAAUAAGGCUGUUUUAGCUGCACAAGAGAAAGCAGAAGAAGUAGAGAACGCGCUUUCAAACACUGAUUUAUUAAAAUCAGUGUCUACAAGUCUUCCAGAUGAAAUGAAAGAAGAGGAUGAGAAAAACGCAAGUAAAACUCCCGGAGCAAUAAGUGAAUAUCAAAUGAAAGAAAUGAAAGACGCUCAAAGCACAGAACCGAAUAAAAAACAAAUAAGCGAUGAAGCUACUCCCUCGAGCAAUAUUGCAGAAAUAAAAGACAUGACCAAGGAAUUACUCGACAUGGACAAAAUGGAGGCGAGCAAGCAGAGCACGAGUAAAACAGAAUCAAUAACUACUUUAAGCUUUUCGCUGCAAGAAAAAGAAACGACAUCCGAAACGACGCAAAUGAAACAGGCGAAGGAGCUGCAGCAGACUCCUCCCGAAGCCCCUCUAAAUAAAGAGGACUCGACUUCUUCGAACAAUGCAAAUAAAGGCGAAGAGGCAGCAGCAGCAGCAGAAUCGUCGACAGCAAUGACCCAGUUAAAACAAAUGGAGGCAGCUGCGCUGCAUCCAACUGACAAAAAGGAUUCCGCCUCCGCGAACGGCAAUUCCGACAAAACUCCCGAAACGACGACUAGUCAAGUUUCGCCGGAGAAACAGCAAGGUCAAACUGCUGCGCCGGAAAUUGCUCCGGCGGAUUUGGAAAACAGGGACGAAGUCGUUCCGGGAGAAAAAUCCAAGAGCGAGAAACCGAAGAGCCCAAUCAAAGUCCCGAAGAAACCGAUGCUCACGAUCACGACGACCGAGAGCACUGCCGAGGAGGAGACCGAGGAGGACGACGACGACACCUCCAGCGUCAGUGACAUCUCCAGCAAGACGGCUCUGCGCAUGCAGCCGUACGGCACACCUCGGCAUUCCAUUUCCUCGGAUGGCGAGGAUCACGUUGCCGGCAAAACUUUGCUCGGCGUCAAAUCGGAUGGAAAGCCCAGGCAGAAGUGGAGCAGUUCCCAACGAGAUCCGCUUUUAAAAGUCGAAGCAUCGCAGCAGCAAUCGAGGGAAGCCGCAUCGAAAGCGGUUUUCCCGCAGAAGAUCGAGGUGACGCCGAUAGAUAAGCCUAAGAGCUCGGGGAGUAAGACGAGCCCCGAACAGACGAAAGCGCCAAAGUCGAACGUGAAGGAGAGCCACGGGGGUGUGGGACACGCGGAGGCUAAAGCUCUCGAGACCUCAGACAGUAAGCAACGAGCGGAUCCCGUGAGAACUCGACCGGUGAUCGUCGCCGUUAGGAAGAAAGAGAACCUGCGAACCGAUCACUUUUCCCGCCACACCGAGACGCGCAAGACAUCUCCUCAUCGUGAGAAAUCCGGAAGUAUUCCCCGACCUCAACCCACCGAUGACGAUAAUCGAACAAAAUCUAACACCUCUACAACUACCACCACUUCGACCAGCAUACGAUCGAGGCACUUGAAGCUUCACGUGAGUCAUUCCCACCACCAGCCGAAACCCGGGGCAGUGGAGGUGUCCUCGAGAAAUCAUUCUCCGAUGAGGGGGGAAAAGGACGAGCAUCAGGGAGCGAGUCCUAAAAUCAUCGACCACGGAAAGGACCCGGAGAUAGCCAACGCGCGUUCUAGGUACAUGGCCUGGUACCAGCAGAAACGCGCCGAGAUGGAGAAGAAGAGGCGCGAGAAGAAGGAGGCCGAGGAGGAGCAGCAGAGGCCCAAGUGGCUGAAGAAGCCAACUGGAGCAAAGUCCAGGAAAGCCAAGAGUGCCGAGGAUGCGAAAGCCGACGACGAGGCGAAGGGCUCGAGAUCUCGAGAACGUGCGAAAUCGUCCUCGGAAGCAGCAGCAGCACAGUCAACCACUCCCCGAGGCGGACUCCGGGUCAGUCGGCUCCGCAUUCGACCUCUGGUGAACGUCGAGUCCGAGCAACUGAAAGCGAUAGUUCGCCAGGGUAGAAAACUGCGUCGAGCAGAGGGAGGAGCUCGCGAGGAGGAUCCACCGGUGCAGAUUUUCGCUCCGGAGAAACCAGUCCAGGUAGAGGCCGAAGGCACGUUGGCGCAGACGAUGCAGCUCGAACCGCGCCAUCAUCUGACUCAGCACUCCGAGUACAAGUACGAAAAGACGGUGAUGCAGCCGAUGCCGUUCUAUCUACACCCGCCGCCGCCGGUGCCACAUCCCUCGCCAGAGCACUUCCAGGACGAUUCCUCGGAUAGCCGUCGAUUAGACGACGACCUGGACUCGGGGAUCGCGGUAUCGCUGCAAAGCGGCGCCGGAAACACUCGGCUCAGGCAUCAGCAGCUCCUCGAGAAGAAGAGCGUCUUCGACAUCGCCUACAGCGAAGCUGCGCCGACGCAGCUACGCUCCGAUAGCAGUACGCCGCCCUCGUGAACCGUAUCCGCGAAGCGUUGAACGAGUCGAGAUAAGCAAAGGAGAAGAAGAAGAGGAGAUUAUCCGUCCACAGCAUCGAUAUCGGCUCUGUAGUAACCUAGAUCGGACUUUUGCAUCGGAAUUUUAUGACCGAGCUUUACCUUUAGCGCAGUACUGAUGUGCAUUAUAAUAGGAGUCAGCAGCAUUGCGUAUAUAGGUUUAAUUCGCUCUGAUAACAAUGUUAUGCAGAAUUCCGGUCGAUUUCAUGUUUCAUAAGCGUAUCCAAAGACUAUUUGUAUUAUAAAUAAUUCGCAUAUCUAUGUAGAGUAUAAUAUAAUAACGAAUGAAAGAGAGAUUAUAUACGGCUCAUUGCAUAAGUGUAAUCCAUGUUAUGUCAUUACGAAUAAAUAUAGCCAUUGUAGUUACUGUAUACAGUGUAUACGCUCGCAGGCAUAUUCUCACUGCCUCAAUAACGACGUUACGUUAUAUUAUUACAUAAUAAUAGUCUAGUUAACGUUUCAAAGCCAUAAGCUGCGCAUUACGUGUACAUUUAGUCAGAAGUUAACCGUCCUAAUCGAUGUCGUUUAUACAUACAGAUAGAAAUGAAAGCACAACGAUUUUGUAUUUUACCGGAGAUUUAUAAUCAUUUUGUAAAUAUACUUGGCCACUGUGAAACUACUCAUCGUCUCAUAACCGAAAUCUUUGGCAUGGACCUUUUCAUAGUAUUUCUAUAGCCUCUAUUUAUAACGUUUAUAACAAUAUUAUCAUACCGUUACCCCAUGUUCCGCAUAAAUUUACGAUGAAAUAAAAUUUUAUUUAACAACA